CUCUCUCUCUUCAUUUCACCCACAAUUACACACACUCAAGGUGUAACCGACUUACUUAUUCAUUUUAAUUUCGCAAAUAAUGUGAUUUUCAAACCGUACUUCCGUUAUUUUAGGGUUUCAAAAUUUACAAAUCAGUUACGAAUUAUUUGAAUUUGAGAAAUUCUGUUAUGGAUAUUUUUGUUAAAUAAUAGUAUACUGAUAAUUAUUGUGUUAGUUGAGUGAAUGAUUUUGAUUAAAUAUGCCAAGUAUUAGAGCUCCAGUAAGUAAGAAAGCUACAACUCUUACUGUUGCUGUAAAAUGUAGGCCUUUGACGGAGAAAGAGCGUGGCCGUGAUAUAGUGCGAGUGAACAACAAUAAGGAGGUUACCAUUUUGGAUCCGGAUUUGUCCAAGGAUUACUUGGAUAGGAUACAGAAUCGAACGAAAGAGAGAAGAUAUGCUUUUGAUUAUGCGUUUGCUCCUGACUCUAAGAAUGCGGACGUCUACGAGAGAAGCAUAUUAUCUACAAUCUCUGGGGUAGUUCAUGGUCUAAAUGCGACUGUGUUUGCAUAUGGCUCAACUGGAAGUGGAAAAACCUAUACUAUGGUAGGAACUGAAGGUGAUCCGGGCCUGAUGGUUCUCAGUCUACAUACAAUAUUCAAUUUUAUAAAAAAUGAUAAGAGCUCUGACGAAUUUGAAGUUACAUGUUCCUACCUUGAAGUCUACAAUGAGGUAAUCUAUGAUCUACUUGAAAAAUCAUCUGGCCAUUUGGAACUCAGAGAGGAUCCUGAGCAAGGAAUAAUUGUAGCUGGUCUAAGAUGUAUCAAGGUCAACUCAGCUGAUAGAAUUCUUGAGCUUUUAAAUGUGGGGAACAGUAGGCGCAAGACCGACAGCACAGAUGCUAAUGAGACAUCAUCCCGCUCACAUGCAGUUUUGGAAAUAAACGUGCUUAGAAAACAGAAAAGAAAAUAUCGUAGUCAAGUUAUCCGUGGUAAACUUGCACUCGUGGAUCUUGCGGGAAGCGAACGAGCUUCUGAAACAAACAGCGGUGGGCAGAAACUGAGAGAUGGCGCAAAUAUAAACCGUUCACUUCUUGCUUUGGCAAACUGUAUAAAUGCUUUGGGGAAACAACAUAAAAAGGGUUUAGCAUAUGUCCCUUAUCGCAAUAGCAAGUUGACCCGGAUUCUUAAAGUUGGCUUGAGUGGCAAUUCUCAAACAGUCAUGAUUGCAACUAUAUCACCUGCAGAUAACCAAUAUCACCACACUAUCAAUACCUUGAAAUAUGCAGAUCGAGCUAAGGAAAUCAAAACACACAUUCAGAAAAAUAUUGGCACAGUUGAUACACAUGUAUCGGAUUAUCAGCGUAUGAUUGACAGUCUUCAGACAGAGGUUAGCCAGUUGAAGGCACAACUAGCAGAAAAAGAAUCGCAGUUGAACACCAAACCUGCUGAAAGACCCUUGGAUGACGAAUUAUCUUGGUUGAAUAUAUUGAGUCAAGAAACUAGUGAAAAUGUCCAGGAGCGGAUAAACUUGCAGAAAGCUAUAUUUGAACUUGAGGAAACUAAUCUUAGAAAUCGUACCGAGCUACAACAUCUUGAUGAUGGUAUUGCAAGGCAGCAGACCAUUGAAACUGACGGAACAGCCGUGCAGGCUUUGAUGUUAAGGAGACAACUUGUUCUGGACAAUAUCCGUGACAAUGACGAGACUGGUGUCUUAUACCAAAAGGAAAUUGAAGCCAAUGAGAAGAGCCGAUGCCAAUUACAGGAGAUGAUUGACGAGGCCAUCAGCAACAAUGCAAAUAAAACCUACUUGCGUAUUCUCAGUCAAUAUAGACUCCUGGGGAUGACUAAUACCGAGCUUCAGUUUGAAAUGGCAAUGAGGGAUCAAGUGAUUCACAAUCAAAGAGAAACACAGAGAAAUCUAUGGAACCUGCUUAUGGGGUUAGGACUAGAUGAGAAGCAACUACUAAAGCUUGCUGCGAAACAGGGCAUAACCAUCGAAGAUUGGACAAUGACACCCCAGCUGGGACAAGAAAGAUCUACUUGUGUACCUCAGUUGUAUGCUAAUUCUUCCUGUACAUUGCCACAAAACCCUGCCGGGUCUAGGCCUUUUACUCAAGGAGAUGGAGAGUUGUCCCACACAUACUGCAGAGAGGAGCAUCAUUCUUCAUAUUACUUCACGUCUCAUAAUUCUCCAUCAACAUAUAUGAGGCUAACAAGGAGUAGCGAGAAUUGGCUUGGUCAUAGGUACAGCUUUCCAUCCACAUCUCCUGAUAUGAGAGGUGCAUGGUCCUCAUAUGGUGACGGCUGUCCAUCAACUUCUCAGCAGAAGGAUGAUUGGAAUAAAAUCUCAAGAAGACAAUCACACGAGGGUUCACCUGGUGGAACUAGUUGUAGUGAAGCUUCCUUCAGAGGGCAGGUGAUGAGCCACAACAGUUCUACCCAAGGUCCUUGUAUUGCUACACCUGUCAACUGUAACCAUAUAUUACCACAACCCACUGUCUCAAAUGUUUCCAAUGCUUAGCCGAUAUGAUACACUUUAGAGUAGAGAUAAUCUGUCACAAGGUAGUUCAGGUGUAUAAAUAGGCGGUUCAAUUCUUUUUGUAAUUAGCUUCAAUUUAAUACAACUGUGCUUCAUUUCGA